AUGUUUAAGGAAGAUCCAAGAUUCGGAGAGCCGAUGCCAAGAAACAUUGACAUGUUGGAGGAACAGCAAGAACUGCUCGAAUUGAGAGACAACAUCUGUUGUCCACUUGCUGUUGGAGAAAUCUUGAACGACCUGUUGUGCACCAUCGAGGACUGUUCAACUUAUCCCAUAUUCAAGCGCGGAGCUCGAGUGGUGAUGGGCUUGAUGGGCUCUAAGCAACUGGACCUUGUUGUAGCCGCCAAAGAUGUUGGAGAAAAAGGCGCGAAAACGAUUCUGAAUGAGCUGCCAAAACAAUGUAAGACACACAACGUUCCUCUCGUUUGGGUUGAAAAGUCCGAGGACAUUGCGAAAGCUUGCGGUUCCAAGAAGCCUGUGGCUUGCAUCGGGUUAGUCGGCUCUGAAGGAACACAGUUUCUUGGAGCAAUCCGGUCCAUCGUCUCGAGAGUGUUCAACGGUGAAACAACACUACGCGAGUUUACUUCAACUGUUAAAAGAUUAAACCCAGCUAAGCAAUAG